AUGUGACCGGCUGUGUUGUUGUCAGCAGCUGCACACCGGAGGAAAACACCACGAGAAAAGUGUCCAAAACCUUAAUAUGACACUCUGGGAAUCAUGGAUUUUUGCAAAACGGACUUAGUGAAUAUCUGAUGUUUUAAUAUAGCCCUAUUUUAAUAUGUCGCCUUUUACAUAACCGCGUUUUGACGUUGUGAACAAUGAAUGUCCCUUCGUGAAGUACCAUUGAGUCAAAUGUUGAACUUGUAGCUGUGCUGAAGAUGAAUGCUCUGGUUGCUCUCUGUCACUUCUGUGAGCUCCAUGGCCCUCGGACGUUGUUUUGCACCGAGGCACUGCAUCCUCCAUCCCCAUCCCCUUCAUCCCUUGCAGGUACCGCGGGGCCCGGGGACAGAGACCGAGAUGGGGACCGGGAAGGUGAAGGGCUGACCAUGAGGGCCAACAGCUCUGCCACACAGAGAGGAGAAAUGUGUGAGGGAUGUCGAUCUCUUCCUGCAUCUCACCCGGGUUUUGUGAGCAUUGAUGAUGAAACAGGCAUACGCUUCCUGAGCCACCAGCAUCCCAGACAGCCGCAGCUAUUCAGCGUUGUCCGCCAGGCCUGCGUACGCAGCCUCAGCUGUGAGGUAAACAGUGACGUGUGUCCCGGCCGUGAAGGACCAAUUUUCUUUGGAGAUGAGCAACAUGGUUUUGUUUUUUCACACACCUUCUUUAUCAAAGACAGCCUGGCCAGGGGCUUCCAGCGCUGGUACAGUAUUGUCAUGGUAGCAAUGGACAGGAUCUACCUUAUCAACUCCUGGCCUUUCCUGUUAUGCCACCUCAGACUCACUAUACAGAGCCUGCAAAGCACAGCCCUCAAGGUGUUCGAUAUUGAACAGGGAGUGUGUCCCCAACGAUCGGUGAGGAUGAACAGUGUCUUUUCCCCUGCAGUGUUUCCACACCAAAGGAGUGGCAACGCAGCCCGGUCUCUAACUUCUCUUACCCAGCAUCCCAACCUGUGGGCCAGCCUGCACUCCUCCUUCAGCUGGCUGCUGAAGGCAUGUGGAAGUCGUCUGACAGAGAAGCUGCUGGAGGGAGCGCCCACUGAGGACACACUGGUGCUCAUAGAGAGACAGUCAGAGCAAGAGGAGGAAAUGAGCUGCUGGGAGGGAGCAGAAGGAGGCGAUUCUACGUCACAGCGGCACCAAUCAGAGAGCAAGCUGGGCCUCGACUUCCUGUGCGAUGAUGCAAAGUUAAAUGAACUACCAGGGCCGAAAUUCAGGUCCCUGAGGCAUUUGAGACAGGUCCUCGGGGUUGCUGAGUUUCGUCAGCUAGUGUGGCACGUGCUCAUGGGAAAUCAGGUCAUAUGGAGAGGCGCUGACCCUGGGCUCAUCCAGUCUGCCUUUACAGUGCUCAAGUCUUUGCUCCCAGUAGGCUGUGUGUGCUCUGUGCCAUACAGUGCUCAGUAUGAAGAGGCCUACAAAUGCAACUUUCUGGGUCUCAGCCCAGAUGUGCAUAUUCCUACGCACGUCAGCUCCUCAGACUUUUCAGUGCUAGUGGAUGUCAGCAUAGAGAGAAACGGGCGGAUCUGUGCAGUGGGUGAAUACGAUAUCUCCGCACUCUAUCAGUUCACCAUCAGCAGUGCCAACACACAGCCCACAGACAGGGGUCCCACGUUACUGAACAAGCUUGAGGUGGCUCUAUCUAAUGAGAACUUGUCUGUGGACGUCGUGUCUCACUGCCUGCUGUGUCUGAAGGAAGAGUGGAUGAAUAAAGUCAAAGUGCUGUUCAAGUUCUCCAAAGUGGACGGGCGAGGGAGGGAGGACACGCAGAAGGUUCUGGCCCUGCUUGGCGCCACAGGGACGGGCGAGGAGGACAACGUCAGGCUGCUCAAGUUCUGGAUGACUGGACUCAGCAAAACCUACAAGAGUCAUUUAAUGACAGCCGUCCGAGGAGGGGAGAGGAGCCCCAGCCAGUGACAAAGAGAGGGAGGGGGAGGAGGAGGGAGAAGGGGUGAAAUAAAGGGAGCUGAAAAGAGGGGGAAAUACUAAUGAAGGGAAAGCGAAAGCUGCUAUCCAUUCAUCGUCAGUUUUGUGAACUGUUUGGGAUUUCAGUAGAUGAAAGACUAAUGUGAAUGGGUCACCAACGUGUUUUUCUCAUUCAUUCUUGCUUUUCAAAGUAAUGGGUAUUCUACUGUUCCUAAACCUGAUUGUUAUCCUACACAGAUUAACACGUUUGGUCAGUUUAAAUAAUGGUGAGUUUCUCAAAGGGAAUUAUUGUAGAUGACCUAUUUAUACUAAUAUGUGAAGUUUAACUUAUUACAAACAGACUUUGCACUUUGUUUACUCUUUUUCUGAUAAAAUAAAAUGAAUAUGAACAGUCA